UAUUAUUCCACAUUUCCACUAUAAAAAAGAAAAAAGAGGUAACAAACAUGUGUUGAGUUAUUUUUUAAAAUAACAUGUUAUUCCACUAUAAAAAAGAAAAAAGAGUAACAACUAACAACACAAGCAUUUUAAUCAAUUAUCCUUGCAAACAAACAGGCUGUAAAAGAUGUUUGGGGCAUAACUAUCCUUCAAUUCAACACUUUUUCUAUAAUUAUAUUCCAAUUUCUGAAUACUCAUCUGGGAAUUCUGUUCAUUGUUGAUCUGCAUUCAAAUCAUGGAGUAUCCUAAUGUUGUACAGGAUAGAGACGAGAAAUUCUUGACAAAAGCAAUAGAGGAAGCUUACAAGGGGGUGGAAUGCGGACAUGGGCGCCCCUUUGGUGCUGUUAUUGUUUGUAACGACGAAGUUGUGGUCAGCUGUCAUAACAUGGUGUCGAUAUACAAAGACCCAACUGCACACGCAGAGACCACGGCUAUAAGAGAGGUUUUAUGGAUUCGUAUAAUCAAUGUGUGUCUAUCUUCUGUGAAUUCGUUCAACUGCAUAUCUUGUGCUAUAUCCACUCACGGGGCGUUUGACAACAGGGAUAGGGAUAACGAGGAUAAGAAGGCAUGCAAUAAGUUGGAUCGAAUUGAGCUGUCAGAUUGCGAAAUGUAUGCAUCUUGUGAGCCAUGCUCAAUGUGCUUUGGCGCUAUAGAGCUUUCAAGAAUUAAGAGGUUAAUGUAUGGCGCUAAAGCUGAAGCUGCCAUAGCAAUGGGCUAUAAAGCUGCCAUUUCUGAUGCAUUGAGGGGCACUGGAGUUAACCAAACGACUGAGAUCGAGAUCAAACAAGCUGAUGGCAAUCUAGCCAUCGUUGCUGAACAAGUAUUCGAAAAAUUUCCUAAAUCCAGUGCUUAAUAAUAAGUACAGCAGUCAGUCAAUUUUCGAGUUUUGUAAAAUGACUCCAUUCCUCCACCAAUGGGGAGAUCGGGAGGUUUUAUUUAUCUUCAAUGGAGAUGCACAAGAAUUAUAUAAAAGGAGUCUUUAAUGGCUUUAGUUGAACAAAUAAAAUCAAUUUCUUUAUG